AUGUUCGGAAACGAGUACUGGAUGGGCUCACAGAACGCCUGCCGCGAUCUGCAGCUGAAGCAAUACUACGAGCAGACACCGCCCUUCAACACUACUUUCUUUGUGGCGAAAAUUAAUCUGACCGUUGAUGGCGACCAUAUACCUAAAAGCAGGCUGAUGCUGGUAGGGCAGUGCGUACCCGCGUCGUGCAAUAGCAGUGACAUCAGCGCGGUACUCGGACUCGCCGAGGCCGCUGCAGACAAGCGAGCUGUCGCCAAUGGAAUUGCGGCCAGCUACCGCACCCUCUAUGUGCGGCCGGUGCCUGGCUCCUACGAUUUACUCGCGGACAUCAAACUGCAAAUAUUGGGGACGGUAACGACAAUAGUCGCCCUGUGGAUGUUGGUGGCGUCCUUCUACGAGGGUUACUUGGAGCGGAAGUAUCGCAAGGCAUUCGAGCGGCUCAAUCUCGAAGUGAACCGUCACAAUAACAACUAUAAACCAUCUACAAUUACGAACUCAUCACAAACCGAUAACAAGACAGACGAUGAAGACAGUAAAGAAAUUCGUCGGGAUCGUUGCGGAGUGUGGUCUGAAUUGAUAUUAUCCUUUUCGAUUCUUUCAAACGGUAGAGCGAUCCUUAGCACGCAAAAGCCAAAUGAUGGAGCCCUCACUUGUUUACAUGGAAUGAGAUUUAUGUCAGUGAUCUGGGUGAUAAUGGUUCACACAUACUUGACCGUGUGGUAUAUCGCAGACAAUAAGACAAUGAGGACAGUGACCGAGAGAAAUUUUUUAUACCAGUCUGUCGGCAAUGCGUCAUUUUGUGUCGAUACGUUUUUCUUCAUCAGCGGGUUGCUUGUGACCGUGCUGUUUUUAAGAAGUGAAGACAAAGCAAUAGCAAGAAGAAUUGCCAGAGAGAAGAAGAAAGCGGACAUAGAUAUCAAUAAGAACGCGAACGGUUUCACUAAUACGGCUCUGUCCGUGUCGGUGUCCGUGCUAAGCCAGCACUCGUUUUACGAGGACUUGGUGGAUACGCCGAAGAGCAACGUGUACUCGAAGCGGGAAGUGUUCGGGAUGGUCAAAUCGUUCUUUGUCCUAGUGCUUUACCGCCUGGUGCGCCUCACGCCGGCCUACGCGUUCGUGAUUGGCCUAAACGAGGUGGCGCUGAGGUACACCCACGACCGGACUGUGUUCGAGCCGGCGAUAUUCGACCACAUCACGUGCGAUCGAUACUGGUGGCGAAACUUGCUGUACAUAAACAACCUGUAUCCGCAGAGGGAGAUGUGUAUGGUGUGGUCGUGGUACAUGGCUAACGACACGCAGUUCUAUGUUGUUGGGAUCAUUUUACUGUUGAUCUCUGUGAAACAUAUUAAGUUUGCUGUGAUAUCCCUUUUUGCGCUACUCGCAAGUUCAUGGGCAACCACUAUCUACGUAUCAGUUUGGCACCAGUACAAGGCUCGGAUCCAAGAACCCUUCGAAAUGUUCGAUCCGCUGUACGAUAAGCCUUGGUCUCGAAUCGGCCCGUACUUAAUCGGCAUGAUCGUUGGAUGGUAUCUACACAAGACGAAAUGCCAAGUGAAGAUGCCCUAUUGGCUGGUGGCUGUGGGUUGGCCCUGUGCCUUAGUUAUUAUAGGCAGCCUAAUCUUUGGCAUGGUCGACGGCUACUUUGAAGUUUGGCCGACCGCAUUCUACGUCAGCAUUGGACAUACAGCUUGGGGCGUGGCGUUAGCUUGGGUGGCCAUAUCGUGCUGUUGCGGCUACGGUGGUUUGGUCAAUUCGGCGCUGUCCUACCGCGGUCUGCUGCCGCUGAGCCGGCUCACCUAUUGCGCCUACCUCGUGCACCCGACCAUCAUGAUGUACACGUCCUUCCUGAUGGACGGACCCUUGCAUCUACAAAACUCUAUAGUUUUAACUAUAUACGCUGGGUAUGCUGUGAUGGCGUUUCUGGCUUCAUUCGCCAUAUCACUAGCUUUCGAAGCUCCAGCCGUGAGGUUAUUGAAGAUCGUGAGCGGUGGCAGUGGAAAUAGAAAAAAACAGAGGGUCACGGAGAAUGUGAGCCCU